UCCUUGUCCUGUGCGACAGAAAAUACAACCAAAGACUAAUAGUCAAGAGUCUACAUCAACAGCGAAAAGAAUCUUAGCAACUCUCCAAAAAAUGUCAACACCCCUGAAUGAUGCCAGAAAAAUUCCAUUUGAAGACACUGUGCUUUUUGAUUCACAAACUCCAGUUGCACCUCGAGGUCCACCAAGGCGACAGUUAACUACACCACUGGCCGCAUCAGUGACAAAGAAUCGCCAGAGAAUAAGACUCAAAGAAACAGAGCCUGCAAAAUGUCAAGAAGAAUUGCCAACAGAAACAAAAUCCAAUUUUGUAUCUGACAGUUCCUAUUCAGCUGGUGGCAAAUUGAAAGAAAAAAAAUUCUCACAGCAUAUUUCUAAGAGAGGAAAUUUUUAUGAUGAAGAGGCUGAGUUACCAAAUUUAAGGACAGAGUUUACUCUCCCAGUUGAUAAUAUUACUGGAAUGAAAUUUGGCAUUUUGGACAAGGAAAAUGGGAACAAGGAUAAAGGACAAAGAAAUGCCACAGAUGGUGUCUUUACAUUUUCUUCACCAGUUCAAAAGGGAGAGAUAUUGAAUACUACUUCACCAGUGCCAAAAAUGAAUUUCACCUUCAGUUCCCCCAUCAAAGUCAACAGUCCUCAGACAGCGGUCAGUCAGCCGAUCAAGAGUGUGGGAGAGGUCAAGGCCACUGCAGAGCAUGUAUUUCAACCCUCAACCCUGAAACCUCAUACAGGUAGGACAGAGGUACCAGACAGGGAAGUCAAAAGAAAACUUCCCGUAAAAACCUGGGAUUGUGAUGUCUGCCUGGUUCCCAAUAAAAUGGAGAAUGCCAAGUGUUUGGCCUGUGAAUCUCCUAGAUCGGGAUCCCAACCGUCAACUUCAGGUUUUAUGGUGAAACCAAAAUCAUUUUCUUUACAAACAGGAUUUGUGGGUGAUUCGAAUGGGCCUGCAAAUCCAGGAGUAAAUGAAUCCAGUUUGAAUGGAGAUGGUAUCAAAAAGCCUGCCGCUGUAGAAAAACCUUUGGGAAAAUUGGAAAAAGAUGCAUCCCCAUUUGGACAAACCUUGAAUUUAGAUAGAAAAAGUAAAUCUAGUGUAGAGGAAAACAGUGGAUUUAAAAUCGAGAAAACAAGUGAAAGUACAAUUUUGAAAAGUUCUGGGAUCAUUGUAAAAGAAAAUGAAAGUCCAAGAAAGAGGGCAACUUUGCCAGAAAAAACAGAACAGAAAGCUGUGAACUUUACCAUACCUGCAAGUAUGACGACAAUUCCCAAUGUUCCUGUAACAAAAGAAUCUGGGGAAUCUAACAAGGUAGCAGGUACUUUUACUUCGCCUUUCCUCAGUAACAGCACUGAUUCUGCGACUCCAGCACCAGUGCAGUUCAAUAAGAUGAGCCCAAUUUUUGGGGCAUCGAUUUCCACAAUGAAUAAAGGACAAACUGAAAAGAACCAGGACAGUAAGGUUUUAGCUUCUGCCCCAAGUUUUCCAGUUGUACAAAAUACAACUACAAAUUCUACUGUAACAUUUCAAUUUGGUGUAAAUUCAAUGAAAACUACAUCAGUGACUUCACCCAAUUUUCAAUUUGGACAAAGCACAGCUCCAAAUUCUGAAGAAAAGAUUCAAUUCAGUGUUAAUUCAUCAAAAGCUUCAUCGGCAACACCCUCUUUCCAGUUUGGACAAAGUAACAGUGAAGCCCCUAAGUCUAAUGCAAGCAUCCAAUUUGGACAAAGUAACAGUGAAGCCCCCAAGUCUAAUGCAAGCUUCCAAUUUAGACAAAGUAACAGUGAAGCCCCUAAGUCUAAUGCAAGCUUUCAGUUUGGACAAAGUAACAGUGAAGCCCCUAAGUCUAAUGCAUCUUUUCAGUUUGGACAAAGUAACAGUGAAGCCCCCAAGUCUAAUGCAUCUUUUCAGUUUGGACAAAGUAACAGUAUAGCCCCCAAGUCUAAUGCACCCUUCCAGUUUGGUGCAAAUUCCACAGUUACUUCAUCAGCCACACUGUCCAGCUCUUUUCAAUUCUCUGCAAGUGCUACUUCUGGGACCUCCAUGUCAGCAAAAACAGUGCCAUUGCAAGCUGCUGCUGCAAGUCUCCCAAAAGCUGUGUCCUCUCCAGGCUCAAUGUUUUCAGUGUCUGGUUUUAAUUCUGGCAGUCUUGGAAACACUACUGUGCCUGGAAGUCAAGGUGAAUCAUCAAUAAACUCAAAUUUUGGUUUUGCUGGUCAAGCCCCUACAUUUGGAACAUCAGCUUCUUUUGAAAAAGAAAAACCUGCAGGUUUCAACUUUAGUUUUGGUGCAUCAAAACCAAGUGGAGCUGAAUCCAACUCUUUAUUUCAGUUUGGUAACCAGCAGCAGCCAAGCAGAACAAAUGAAAAUCAGCCAACAUUAAAUGGGGGACUGAACCCAGCUCCUCAAGGAUUAUUUAGCUUCAGUGCUGCACCUCAGCCAACCCCCCCUCAGCCCUCACUACCGGCUGCUACAAGUUUUAAUGCUGGCCCGGCUAACCCCCCUACUGCAGGAUCACCUUUCUUCAAUAUUGGUGCCUCGAAUGAUUCUGGAAGAAGGGUAAAGAAAGCUGUGAGAAAACUAAAGCGAUAACUUGGUGAAUCUAGUAGAACGGUGAAGAUAUUGAGAAAGAGGAUGGCUUUUCUGGAAUAGAGACCUGCAGAAGACUAAAGAGUGUAAAGCAAACUCGCGAUAGCUGUGAAGCAUCUAACUCACUUAAGCCAGAGGGUCAUUUCAACUUCUUUAAUCAAAGUGCUUAUUUCUGUGUCUCUGUGUUUGUUGUCCAUCACCCAAGGUGGGGUGAAGUUAAAAAAUUAAUUUUGUACAAAUUCUGUCUUUACUCAUUGACUUCUUCAGACAAACUUUAUACAUUACAUGAAGCAGUGACUAUUUUUCUAAGAUGCUUGUAUGUGACAUAGGGAUAGCACAUGCCUUGGGGUGGGGGAAUCUAGAAAAAUAAUACUGAGGUGACUUGUCCCAUGGACAUUCUACUCUAUUGUAGCUCUUAUUUCCACGUAGUGGUCAUUUACAGAGAUGUUGGGAAUUUUAAGGAUGGUUAAAAAAAAAUUUCAACAACAGGUCAUCAUUGCAUGACAAAUUCUUAACUUCUGUGCAUGUGUUUUUGAUUUAAAUUCUUUCUGUUUUCCUUCCUGAAGCAAGGUGUGCAAAUAUGUUGAGAAUUUAAUCCACCACAGCUUUUACAUAUCAAAAAAAGAUUUUAUGAAUCAAGCAGAAAUGUGUAUUUCAUCAUUAUAUACUGAACUUAAAUGCAUUUAGAACUUUGUACUUAAAACGGGAGUCAAGUCAGGGAAAUUCUUUAUUUGACAGCACAGAGCAGCAGAAAUAAUUCAAAGACCACAUGACUGAUAUUCAGGAAGAAUCACUCGAAUGAGCAUAUUGUAUCCCAAAAUCUCAUAUUUUGACUUUAAUGCCAAGAACUCUGUCCUUCCUUUUGUGAAUUACAGAACUUUUCAAUCAUGUAUAUGACUAUUGUACAUUUUUUUAUGUUAUCCAGAAUUGAAUAAAAUAGGAAAUUAUU